GCCAUGACAUCGGUUUAAAUAUGCAGGGUUGAGACUCGCGGGUACGAAGACGUGAAAAAUAUUAUCUCUUAUAGCUGAGGAACAUUUUCAAGAGCCAAGUCUUAAAUUCCACUCCCUUAAACUGAUUGAAAGAUCAUGGCUCCUGGUGGGGGCUCCAGAAGACAAUCAGAUGAUGAACAGGAUGGUAAUGGUGAGCAAAGGCCAUCUUAUCAAAGAGCCAAUAGUGUAGACGAAGUAUCAGGGCAAGCACCUGCCAUUGUCACCACCUUUUUAGGCGAAUGUUUUUGUGCAGAUGGCCUCCCUGUUCCACAAGAACUGAGUGAAAAUCAAAGAAGAGUCAAUAAGGAAGUGGCUCGUGUCAUUCGUGACAUUGGAGAUCGUUUAGCGAAUGAUACCACUUUGAACAAUUUGAUAUCACAAGUAGUUGUCUCCAAAGACACUGCUUUUGAUACAUUUCUUCAAGUUGGGGCUCAGAUAUUUAAUGAUGGUAAAGUAAAUUGGGGACGAAUAGUGACUCUUUUCUACUUUGGCUACAAGCUAGCAUUACAAGUCAUCAACCAAAUACCACUCAUCAAAAUGAUUAUUGGGUGGGUGUGUGAAUUUAUCAAGGACCGCUUGGCCAAGUGGAUUUUUGAACAAGGAGGAUGGGAAUCUGUGGUUGAUUACUUCAAGGCUUUGAGAAAGAAGCAUGAUGUUCAGGUUUACUUUGUCUUCAGCUGUAUCUGUGCUCUUGGCUUUUACCUGCUAUAUCGUAAACAGUAGUCAAUCAUCAAUGAGGAAGGUCUCAGACAAUAAAAUGAUAUUGCUGUUUAGCCUUUGCAACAAAUUUCACGUUGUGAAUGUGAAAUAUUUUGUAACUUACAUUGCUUUAAGGUUUGAGAGACAGUUAAGAAAGUACCUGCUGGCAUACCCCAUACUUUUAAUGAUUUAUUUUUAAACACUAAUGGUGCGUGCCAUAGGAUCUUAUAAUCACAAGACCAAUGAUGAUUGUAAUAUUAUUAUAACCAAAAUUAUAAAUUAAAUGUUAAUUACUAGUAUAGCUUCAUUAGCUGAUAUGAUUCCAUAAGGACGACUGAUUGUUGAGAAAAUUACAGUAAUUUUACUUGCAAGCAGAAUAAUGGCACUGGUGAUUGUAUCUUUCUUUGACCCUUUCACUCUCAGCAGUGACUAAGACAUAAUUUCUCCUUACAGCAUGAAUGCAAUUCAAGCAAACAAGUAAUGAGAAUUGCAAAAAAUAGUAACUGGUGGAUUAUCAUUUGCUCCGACACCAAAUUCUUAAAAGAAACUUAAUACAAAACAUAUUGCCUGCAGCAGACAGUAAGGUGAAUUUUUAACAAGAUAUUGAGAGUGAAAGAGUUAAAUGAAUACUCAGAAAUGUCAGUCAGUGUCUUUGUGGCCACAACAAAGAAAUUCUUGAGUAGUGUAUGAAACUUACCCUUGCCAAGAACAUUUUCUGAUGUAGCCAUACUGCACCAAUCAUAAUCCUCCAUUCAUUAACAAAAUUGUGGGAUGUGUUGUCAAGGGCUACCUGCUAUAUACACAAAUUCUCUCCAACCCCCUUUCCAUCUUUUUGUAUUUUUACUGUCAUCGCUCUUAUUGUAAUGCUUGCUGUAAGGGCCACUAUUGUUGCCAUUACUAUGUAAAUAGAAAUGAAAUUUUGUCAUAUUUGUUUAAUCAUUGAUUAAUAUAGCAGUUGACAGAAGAGGAUGUCACAAAAUGGAUAGUAUUGGUUAACCCCAGUUCAGCAAGAAGUAUGUUAUUACAACACUCAGGAUGAAAGCAAAAAGGGCAGCUUAACUUGUGUACAUUUAAGAGUGAACCUGCUCAGCAAGUUUUAUUCUUAUUUCAGAGUUAUUAUUCCUAAUUAAAAGCAAGUUAAGAUAGA